UCGCUCGCUCGGCGAGAGCACUGUGCCUCCUUUCCCAGAUGGCAGCCGGCAGCGCCAUGCAGCCUCCCGUUCCUCCUCCUCCUCUCCCUCCUCUCCGGCUCUAAGUUAAUGCCAUGCUGCCGCUGCUCUUCCCGGCACUGCUGGCCGCCUGCCUGCCGCCCUGCCAGGGCUGGAGCCCCUCGGCGGCUGCCAGCGGGCAGGAGGAACAGGAGCAGGAGCUCUUCUUGCCCCCUGCCAACUCCUCCUCCCGCUCCUUGGCCAGCCUCGAGAUGGACCUCGACGGGGCAGCGAGCAAGGAGGAAGGCAGCACCGACAGCCCGGGCACGCCGGCUGCCCCUAGCCAAGAGCCUUUCCCUUCCGCUCCCACCACCUCCGGGCAGGAGCAGCAGGGGCAGCAGCAGCAGGAGCAGCAGCAGCGUCCCCAGCCGCAGGGGCAGCCGCAGCCCGCCGAGGACCCGCACUGCAACAUCAGCGUGCAGCGGCAGAUGCUGAGCUCGCUGCUGGUGCGCUGGAGCCGCCCGCUGGGCAUCCAGUGCGACCUCCUGCUCUUCUCCACCAACAGCCACGGGCGGGCCUUCUUCUCCGCCGCCUUCCACCGCGUGGGGCCGCCGCUGCUCAUCGAGCACCUGGGGCUGGCGGCCGGCGGCGCCCAGCAGGACUUGCGCCUCUGCGUGGGCUGCAGCUGGGUGCGGAGCAGGCGGGUCGGGCGGCUGCGGGGCGCCGCGGCCCAGCCUCAGCCCCAGCCUCAGCCCCCCGCCGCUGCCGCCGCCGCUGCCGCCGCCUCCUCCUCCUCCUCCUCCUCCUCGCUUUCCUACCCGCCGGCGGCCGAGCCCGGCCAGUACUGGCUGCAAGGGGAGCCGCUGAAUUUCUGCUGCCUGGAUUUCAGCCUGGAGGAGCUGAAGGGCGAGCCGGGCUGGCGGAUGAACCGCAAGCCCAUCGAGUCCACCUUGGUGGCGUGUUUCAUGACUCUGGUCAUCAUCGUGUGGAGCGUGGCCGCCCUCAUCUGGCCCGUGCCCAUCAUCGCCGGAUUCCUGCCCAACGGCAUGGAGCAGCGCCGCGGCACCGCCGCCGCCACCGCCACCGCCGCCAAGUAGCCUCUCCCGGUGACCCCCCUUCUCUUCGUCUUGUGCUCUGGAGGGACGCGGGACGGACUCUCUCGUGGUUUUCUUGUUUGCAGCGUGCCACAGGUGCGCGGCGGGACGUGGGGCCGCCUCAGCGCCCGGCCCGGCCCCGAGGGCAGCGGCCCCGAGGGGACCAAAUCAUAUGUGCGCGUUUUAUAUCUUUAAUACCCGUUUUGAUCGAACCUUUUAGUAAAAAAAACAAAACCAAAAAAAAACCAAAAACAAAAACAAAAAACCACCAAACACCCCACCCCACCCGAUUAAAAAAAAAAAGGCAAGAAAAAGCCCCCCUAAAAAUUCAAUGGAGGAAAUCAAAGACCCUCCUAUUCGGCUGCAUUUGUUGUCAGAGUAGCAUUUUUGUACAGGAUGUGGUUUGAACGGGUUUUUCCUUUAUGGACAGAAAGGGAUGUCUCUCUUUGACAGAAUGGAGAACCGAUGCGGUAUAUAUAUUGUUAUUGCUGAAGCUGAACUUUAAUGAACCUUUCACACUGUAUUUCCUGGUUGAGAUAGUGUGUAUUUAUUAUUGUAGCUCCGCGUUAUUUGGCUUUUAAUACAGAGGUUUUCUUUCUGGAGCCACUGUAGCCUUUUGUUGGUCUGUUUCCUCCAGGGUGGAACAGAGGGUUUGGCUGGCCUUCCUGUCUGCGAACCUGCCACGAAGCUCCUUUCCCCAUGAAAUGGUGUUACCGGGCUGUUGGUGGCAAAAGGAGAAUCCCAAACCCUUUCUGGCUGGUGUUUGCCCUAUCUGUGCAGCAGAUGAGGGUCUGUAUGCCUACAUCAGGGUUGAGUGGAGAGGGGUGGGGAGCACAGCUGUGCCAGAGAUCCUCCAAAGCAAUUUCAUCUGCACAGCUCCACAGACUAAGGCUUUCUCCUCAGUUUGAGCUUGGGUGGCUUCCGUCCUGGGAAGAUGAGGCCCACUCUGAGUUGUGCUAAGCAGCGUGGGGCAAGUCUCUUGACUUCCUCAAAGUUCAUUCCUCAAAACCAGCUUAGAUGCAGUGUAUUUGUUGGAGACACAGUAAUACUGUACCUCUUUUUCAUCUAGCAGUCUGCAGGGUUGCUCACAGCCAGUCUGUGGGGUGAGAAGGCAGGAGCUGCCAGUCCAGAACUAGAUUCCAGCAGCUGCUGUGCAAGCAUGCAAAGAAGAAAGAUUUCUUCUCUCUUGUUUGAGUGGAUAGUUGUGUAGCCUGAAAUAUAAUUUGUUGUAUACUUCCAACUGCUUAGCCUUACAAAACGUUGUUUCAUUUGCCUUAGACAUGAUUAGUCCAGCUGAAGUUUCUAAAACCAAAAUACGAGCUAAGUGACAAAUAUUUGCAAUAGGAAUUCUCGUGUUUUUUUGGUCAACAUAGAUGUAUUUAAUUUGCUAGUAACGCAUGAAUUUGCUUGGGGCUAAUUUGGUGUAUUCGCAGUGUAUGGUGGAAAUGACUGGAUGAAAAGUCUGGAAGGAUUAAAUUCUUAGGAUUUCCAUAUUUUUAAACUGACAACAAAAUAAAAUAAAUGCAUGCUCUAUGUGUUUGCUGUCUGGACAAAAAGACAGAGAUAAAAAGAUUGACAAACAGCAGAAAUAAAUCAAGAUUUUAAAAUGCUCCAUGUUACUAGGCUGCCUCUACACCCACUGUUCCUCCUUUUAAUCCUGUUGUUGGGGUUGUCACUUGAGUAAACAUUGCAGUUGCAUUGUUUUCAGAAAGUAGAUGAUCCGGUCAAUGUGGGAAGUGUUCUCUUGACCUGUUGAUCCAAAGGGCACCUGCCCCUGUAUGCCUAGUUUAGAGAGCCCCUAUUUUCUUUCCUUGAUGUGUAAAACUGUCAUUUCCACCUUGAGCAAGCUCCUGUCAGACAUUUGACAUGCUAGAGAGCAAUUCUCUGCCUAUCAUGUCCUGUGUGACAGAGACACUUCUUCAUGCUGAAAGGCAGGGUUAGCAGGAAAACAUGAAGAUCCUGCUAACACCCUCUCAAAAGAGAAAUGUUAUACAUAUGGAAUAGACCUCAGAAAAGUUGCCAUCUUCAGGAAUAAUUUAAUCUUUUGAAGGAUGAAAACUCUCUUAGGCAGAGAGUUAACAAUUUCUACUGGAAGUUUUUCUGGCUUUAGUAAUUCAUGAUGUACAGUCCUCUCUGUGGUACAGGCAGCCUGUGCUUAAACUCAAGGGUGGAAUCUCUUUU